GAUGACUGCAAAUCCAUGCCUUGCAGAAACAAUGGAAUUUGUAAAGAUGGGAUUGGAAAGUUUGAAUGCCAAUGCGCUGCUGGUUUUAGAGGUCCCUUAUGUGAAGAAAACAUUAAUGAGUGUGCUUCACAUCCAUGUACAAAUGAGGGAACCUGUGUGGAUGCAGUAAACAUGUUUCAUUGUCGAUGUCUAAAUGGAUUUCUGGGUACACGUUGUGAAAUAGAAAUAGAUGAGUGUUUGUCAAAGCCUUGCUUAAACAAUGGAGAAUGCCGAGACCUGAAAGGAGAUUUCCAGUGUGUUUGUCCUCCUGGGUAUGCAGGCAAAGUGUGUGAGCAGAACAUUGAUGAGUGCCAAAGUGGUCCUUGCAAGAAUGGAGCCACCUGCACUGAUGGAAUUGACAGCUACAGUUGUCGUUGUCUGGAUGGCUUCACUGGACAGUUCUGUGAAAUUAACAUUGAUGAAUGUGUAUCUAGC